AUGUUGAAAUUACUUAAUUUCCUUGAUCAUAAAUUAAUACACAACAACUUCAACUUUAAUAUUUUGAGAGUUAAUUUUAAUAAUUUGAGAAUUAAUAAUUUCAGUACAAAUGUGUUUAAUGAGAAAACUGUUGAUUUUAAGAAUUUACCUUUUAAUGAGAAAUUUGUAAAUAAUUUAAAAUCUUUGGGAAUUAAUAAUUUAAAACUUUUUCAAUAUUACACUUUUAAACUUUUGACAGAUAAACUUACCUUUUUACCAACUAACACCCCAAUCAAUAAAGAAGAAACGUUAAAAAUAGUAUUAUAUAAUGAUUUAAAUAGUGGCAAGACGAUCGGUACUUUAUUACCAUUUUUAUACAGUUUUACUACAACACACUCAAACUCAAAUAAAACUGGUCUAAAUAAUAAUUUGGUGAAAAAAUUGUUAAUAGUUUGUAAUAAUAAUGAAGUAAAAAAAUUAAUAAAUUUCAUAAUUAGUGUUAAUCCAAGUCUCAACAUAGUUCAAUUAACUGGUUACAAUAAUAAUAAUGGAGUUAAAGGUGAUAUUAUAUUAGUGUCGGAUAAGGUUUUUAUGAAAAUUUAUGAGACCAUUUAUAGGUUAAAUGACAUUGAAUUUGUUCUCUUUACUAAUUUUACGGAAACAAUUAACUGUAUCAACAUUGAUAAAGUUGUAAAAGCAUUAAGUGACUCUAAUGUUAUCUGUUUAAUCAACUCACUUGAUAAUUUCAAAACUUUUUCUAACAAGUUUUAUAACUUUUCACUAUACAAUUUUGUUCAAGGAACUAGGGAAAGAUUAAUUGGUGACAAAAGAACAGACUUGUUAAAAUUGGAAAUCGAUUUAAACAAGUCAAUACCAAUCACUACUAACACUACUAACAAUGGUAAUAAAGUGGUAAAAAGCGGUGUGGUAGAAACCUGUUUGUGUAAAGUUUUGAAGAAUAGUAACAAAAUUGCUGUGAUUAGGAAUUUAAUUUAUUGUAAUUAUGAUUUGCCGACGUUUUUACCAGUAAAUAUGUUACAGAAAUUUACAUCAGUAAAAUUUAGGAACAGCUGUGUAAUCUUUACAAAUAGGAAAAAUUUGAACAAAAUGGCUGAAAUUGAACCAUUCAAAUCGCUAUCAGUACAAUUACAAACGUGCAUAAAUUCAUACGAAAAAGCUGAAAAAAUAAAUUUACUAAAUUCACUCACCAAACCAAUACUUUUGACCAGUCAACUACUACAUUUAAGAAGUCAAUUACUGAACAACAGUUCAUGGGCAAAAAAUGUUAAUUUGGUGAUAUUUCACACCUUUCCAAAGGAAGAAUUUUAUAAACAUUUACUCGAAAACUUAAGUAAUAACGGUAAAAUAAUAAUAUUAUACAGUAAAAAGGAAUAUAGCAAGCUUGUCGAAAUGGUUAAAAGUUCAACAAAAAAUGUUAAAGUGCAGAUAAUUCCAUCAAAUCAAUUUAUAUCGAAUCAUAAUUUUAAAAUUUUGAAUAAACUAAUAACUAAUGUAAUAAAUGAGAAGAAAGAAGAGUUGGUACCGUAUUUGAAAAAAUCGGAAGAAUUAAUUAAAAAAUAUGAUAAUUCGAUAAUUAACUACUCAGUCGAUUUAUUAUUAAAUGAUAAUGUAAGUAAUUUUAAAAAUUAA